GGCGCUCGGCGGCGGAGUCCCGCGCUGGGGAGGGGCGAGGAGAACCGCAGCCCCCUCCGCCGGCUCAGACCGAGGAGGAGGCGAGCAGGCGCGGAGCUGGGGCAAGCGGAGGGCUGUGGACUCUCUGGGCACACGCUCUCCGCGCCGCGCGCUCCCCGGGGCUGAGUGGCCUCGGACGUUGGCAGCCAGCAGCUCUGUGCGCCCCGCUUGCUCCAGAGUGCGUUAAACGCAAGGCGGGAGCUGCUCCGCUGGGGUCACCGGACUCCUCUCUCUUUUCCGGGAGCCCGCAGGUUGAGCUAGAAGCCAACCCCAGCCGGAAGCUGCGCUCCUAUAAAUAGCGCGCGUGUGCCCGCCUCGCGCUCUCCCCGGCUGCGCGAGGACAGAGAAAGUUGUGCGCAGGGACUCCGGGCGGGCGGCAGAGGCAGGAGAGGACCCCGCCGGCCGAGCCGCCCUGCACCCUGGAACUGAUCCCGCGAAUUUGUGCUUUCCGUGCUGGGGACCCGGCUAGCCACUGCCUACCUGCCGACGUCCGAGAGACAUCAAGCUUUGGGGAAUUUUUGACCAAGCGAAAGUGGGAGUCGCUAGAGUCCUGGCCAUGAACACAGCCUCGCGUUCUUCUCAGUCUGGGAGACACCUUCUGCCUCUGUAAUUCGUCCCUGCCGCAAGCCAGACGCGUACAGGACCGACCUCAGCAUCGCUCGGCACCCAUCAGCCCCGUGACUUCUCUGAGUCGCCUUGGUUUUUACUGCUCCGUGGUUCACCUGGGGGUGUUUGGGUUUGGAGUGAGAAUUUAUCAUCAUUUUCCCCUUCUAGGUGUGAAUGUGAGGGUUUGGUGACUUUUAGAUGUCUAGGAACAAGGGUGGGUGCAGAGGCCCCAGAGAAAGCUGAUUCUUGGGCGGAGGAGGGUGGGGUAGGGGGUUCUGCAUGAGCUCCUUAAAGGACAAAGGUAACAGAGCCAGCGAGAGGGCGCGAGGGGAGACUUUGACUUCAAACGACAGAAUCGGCGGAAGUGUGCGCGCCGCCGCCGCCGUUCCCGCAGCGCUGUCGAUCUAGCCGCUGACAUCUUCCCCAGCUCCGGGGUCCCGGGGUAGGAGGCGACGCGGGCGAGGAGAAGCGCCAGCCGGCUGCGGCUGCCCACGCGGCUCACCAUGGGCUCCGGGCGCCGGGCGCUGUCCGUGGUGCCGACCGUGUUGCUGGCCCUCACCCUGCCCGGGCUGCCCGUCUGGGCGCAGAACGACACGGAGCCCAUCGUGCUGGAGGGCAAGUGUCUGGUGGUGUGCGACUCGAACCCAGCCACGGACUCCAAGGGCUCCUCUUCUUCCCCUCUGGGAAUCUCGGUCCGGGCCGCCAACUCCAAGGUCGCCUUCUCGGCGGUGCGGAGCACCAACCACGAGCCGUCUGAGAUGAGCAACAAGACGCGCAUUAUCUACUUUGAUCAGAUCCUAGUAAAUGUGGGUAAUUUUUUCACACUGGAGUCUGUCUUUGUAGCACCAAGAAAAGGAAUUUACAGUUUCAGUUUUCACGUAAUUAAAGUCUACCAGAGCCAAACAAUCCAGGUUAACCUGAUGUUAAAUGGAAAACCAGUAAUAUCUGCCUUCGCUGGGGACAAAGAUGUUACUCGAGAAGCUGCCACUAAUGGAGUCCUACUCUACCUAGAUAAAGAAGAUAAGGUUUACCUAAAACUGGAGAAAGGUAACUUGGUCGGAGGCUGGCAGUAUUCCACGUUCUCUGGCUUUCUGGUGUUCCCCCUAUAGAAUUUCAUUUCUCCGUGAUGUUUAUCCAGGUGAGGGGCAGCCCACCCCUGAGUCAUUGAAAGAUCAUUUUCUCGUCAUCGGAUUGAUGUCUUUUAUUGGUUUCUCAUGGGUGAAUAUGGAUUCUCUUUAAGGAUUCUACACCUGUCUGAACUAGUACAGAGUUUCACAGAUUAUUUUUUUGUGUGUGUGUGUUUUAGUAUAUUUGGAUUGGGACCCACACCAGACAACACCUGUCUAUGCUUAAAUGUAACAGUUAAAAGCUGUCUGCAAGGUUUAUUCUGAAUUUAAUUUCGUGGAAUUACUGAAUUUGUUGCAGAUGUGGAAUUUUAUUUAUUUUUGAGAGACUGGCAACUGGUCUAGGAAUUAGAACACUCAAAGGUUCUGACUUCAAUCAACGGUUAGUGUGAAACAGCCAAAGAACUGUAUGCGGUGUUGAUAUAUUGAUUACACUUGUUUGUAUUCCUUUGGAAUUUGUUUGUUUUGUGUCUCUUAAGGUAACUGGGAAUUGUUUUUCAGUGACUGGCUUUGUGUCUUCUCUACAAAUAGGGUAAUGAAUGGCUUGCCCGCAAAUUUACCCUGUCUAUGAGAUCACCAACAUGACUUCCUUUAAA